AUGCUAGACUGGCUCCGCAAACUCUUCGGCGCCGACAACGCUGCCCUAGACCGGAGGGACCAGCAGCGUCGAAGUCGGAAGCGAAGCAAACAGAUGCGCGCUCGUGAACAAGAACUGCGCAGACAGAACCAGAAGCAGGAGUUAAAAGGCGGGAAGCGCAGAACACCGUUCUUUUGGGGGUCGCCAGGUGUUACUACCCCUUGUACUCGAUUGUUCGAAAAGAUAUUACUCUCAGCGCCUGAGUCCAGCUUCACUGGAAUGCACCACGAUAACAUCCAAUCAUACUCGGCUGCUAUGGAAGAGGGCCUAGUCAACAAGACAGCGGCGGCACUCCAGGCCGGCACCACAGCAGGCCUUAGGCUGAGAGACCUGGUGCAGCAGGAAGUAUUCCAAAAGCAAUUUCCUGCGAUACAGCGGCAGAUCUCGAACCUCCAGACUGCGUUUAUUACAGCUGAGAAUGAGUUCACACAGGAUGCACGCCGCCUCCUGCCCAAACUGCGAGACGGCAACACAGACGAGAACGCGAUGAUCACCGAACUUCGAGCGGCUGUCGCCCUCUUUGAGCAGCGUGCUAAGCUUGCAGAACGGUUUAUCAUCAACAAAUGCAAAGAGGCUAAUGUGCUUCGCACAACCGUCGCGACGCUGCUGGACUCCAACUUCGAGAAUCACCUCGGUGGGAUUAAGGCGCAGUCUUUGGUCGGCGGCGGAGUCCCCAGACUGCUGUUAUCUUUCGGGGGUCGGUCGAUUGGGCGUGCCAAGCACCCAUUCCAAGCGAAAGUCGAGUCUCGAGCUUCCAAAUUUGAUACUAGUGAUGCUAAAAAGGAGGGGAGCGAAUCCGAAGAGGAUUCGGACGAUGAGGAUGAAGAGUGGUUUGAAGACCAAGAAACCGUCACGAGGAUACAGCAGUCUUGUGCGGACCUCCGUAAGCAGCGCUUGCUGACAGCUUCAGGCGUUACCGUCGCUUUUGGGGUGGCAGGUAUUGACAAGGCGUAUGUUAUGAAAAACGAGAAGAAAAAAGCGACCAAAGUUGGCGAAAUUGUGUUAGACAGCCAGGGAAAGCUUGUCCUGGUACCUGGAAGGCUCGCCAAACCCCCCACGGCUCCAACGCUGACCGUUCAAGGCCAAACUAUCACUGUGGCUUGGCUUCAGGAGCGCGACGAAGCCGACGAAAAGGUGAUCCCAACGACCGGUUUCACCAUCAAGUACUGCCGUCGACUCAACCCCGACAAGGACGGCGUAUUCCCCCGGGCAAGCGAGAACGAGGUCGCGGCCGAGGUCAGCUGCAACGCCUCCAACACCAAGGACACACUCUCGAAAUCGAAGCCGGGAAGCACACCAUGGGACCUGUACACUCCCGAUAAUGGCAACAGCAAGAAGACACUCUUUCUGGGUCUCACCCAAAUAGCCCAGCGUGAAUGCACAGAUCAACGAUUCCAAAACCAAGUUGCUGUCCGUAUCGUUGACGUCGCACCUGAGUUCAAGCCCGAGAUCAAAGCUGCACCCAUUGAAGACUCAGAUAAUACUGUGGUGGCUGUUUUUGCAGGAACUAGUGGCCACGGCAAAAGCACCGAAAUCAACGCCUUCAUCUCAUAUCUGCUCGGUCAACAUAUUGACGACCCGGCACGCAUCCUGGUCAUCGACGACCGUGGAGCCAAACAGUCUGAUUCAGUGACCCAGAUUAUGACUUGCUUCUGUAUCUGA